AUAAUUAAGCCAAUCCAAGUGGGUUAGAUUACAUUUGAUUAGUGUAGGGACUAAGUGUGUUUUAAAAAAAAAGUGUAGGGACCAAGUGUUGAUGGAAUAUAAACCGAAAGUGGUAGCACAUAAAUCUUAACACUACUUUCUUUUCUUUUUUUCUCCAUGGCUUUACUAGUUUUCUACUUGCCAUUACUUUUCUCCUUUGUUCUCUUAGCCCUUGUUGUACAAAAAUUAAGAAAGAAGAUCAAGAAAACUGACUCAACUUUUAACCUCCCUAAAGGGCCUAGAAAGCUACCUAUUAUAGGAAAUAUACACAAUCUGUUAAGCUCUCAACCCCAUCGAAAAUUAAGAGACUUGGCCAAAAAAUAUGGACAUGUAAUGCAUCUUCAACUUGGAGAGAUUUCUACUAUUGUCAUAUCAUCACCUGAGUGUGCUAGGGAGGUGAUGAAAACCCAUGAUAUUCACUUUGCAACAAGGCCUCAAAUCCUAGCUACAGAAAUAAUGUCUUACAAUACCACAAAUAUCGCUUUCGCUCCUUAUGGUAAUUAUUGGAGACAGUUACGAAAAAUCUGCACAUUGGAGCUUUUAAGCCAAAAAAGGGUAAACUCGUACCAACCAAUUAGAGAAGAGGUGCUCUCCGAUCUUGUCAAAUGGAUUGCUUCAGAGAAUGGAAUGCCAAUAAACCUCACUGAAGCUGUACUUUCUACAAUAUACACAAUUGUUUCAAGGGCCGCCAUUGGGAAUAAAUGCAAAGACCAAGAAAAGUUUAUAUCAGUGGUAAAACAAUCAUUAAAGGUUGCAGCAGGUUUUGACUUGGGAGAUUUGUAUCCUUCUGCUAAAUGGCUACAGCGUGUUACUGGUUUGAGGCCUAAGCUUGAGAGCUUUCAUCGACAAAUUGAUCAGAUAUUAGAAAACAUCAUCAAUGAGCAUAAAGAGACAAAGGACACAAAAGCAAAAGCUGAUCAAGGUGGUGUAGAAGAAGACCUUUUAGACGUUCUCUUAAAAUACGAGGAUGGUAGCAACCAUGACUUUUCAUUAACAAAAAACAAUAUCAAAGCCAUACUCCUGGACAUUUUCGGUGCCGGAGGUGAGACAUCAGCAAGCACCAUAGAUUGGGCAAUGGUAGAAAUGAUAAGGGAUCCUAGAACAAUGAACAAAGCACAAGCUGAGGUGAGAGAGCUUUUCAAAAUGAAAGGAAGGGUUGAUGAAAAUUAUCUCAACGAGCUCAGUUAUUUGAAAUCAGUUGUCAAAGAAACUCUGAGGUUACACCCUCCAUUACCUCUUUUACUACCAAGAGAAUGUGGUCAAACAUGUGAGAUAAAUGGUUAUCACAUACCUAUUAAGACUAAGGUGAUAGUCAAUGCUUGGGCAAUUGCAAGAGAUCCAACCUACUGGACUGAACCAGAGAGGUUUUAUCCAGAGAGAUUCAUUGACAACCCUUUUGACUAUAAAGGGAGUAAUUUUGAGUACACUCCUUUUGGUGCUGGAAGAAGAAUAUGCCCGGGGAGCACAUUUGGUUUGAGAAAUAUUGAUCUGGUUCUUGCGAUGUUGUUGUAUCAUUUUGACUGGAAGCUUCCAAGUGGAAUCAGAAGUGAAGAAUUGGAUAUGACUGAGGAAUUUGGAGUCGCAGUUAGAAGAAAAGAUAAUCUUUUAUUGCUUCCUUCUGUUUAUCAUCCUUUGCAUGUCACAUGAGCUUCACAAGAAGAAAUGUAACCUUUGGCAACGUACCAAUAAUAUAUUUAGCAGAGUGCUUAAAAGAUACCCUAUGCUGGUAAAAAUAGGUAGGUUAUACAAGUUUUUAAGAAUUAAAAUAAAGAAGAUUUUACAAUUUAACCAUGUUUUCUAGAUUGUAUUUAGUCUGUACAGUUUUCAUUCUUAAUUAAAAAAUCUAAUUAGUAAAA